UAUCCUCCUUGCUGGAAGUUUACAGAGUGACCCAACCCCCACGCCCCCUGCCGGCAGGGCGGUGGAACAGCAGACCAGCCACAACAACACAGACGCCAUCUUUCCUCUGCCAGCACAACCAGCGGAGCGGCAGAGUCCAGAGCAGAGAAGUGGGUCAGGCUCCUCAAACACCAGCGGACUGCGAACAGCUCCGUCCCUCAGAUGGUGGUCUCUGUGCGCAGACCCCUCCUCGCACCGCAGACUCCUAUGGUCCAAUGUGUCGGAUCGGUGCACGAGCUAAAACGCACUUUUCUUGUGUCGGCCCCGGCUGAGCGAUCGACUUCUGCAACAAACAUCCGAAGAGGGCUGCAGGCAGACAGGAUGAAGCGAGUUCUCCAGGGGGAUGAGCAGGAGGACGGAGGCGGCACCAGCGGUGGGUCUCAGGAGUCUCUUAAACGACCCUGCAAGCAGACAAGGGAGGAGGAUUCGGAGGAGGAGGAGGCUUCCCGAUGCGAGUAUCUGCCUCAGGAGAUCUUGCUUCACAUCUUCCAGUACCUGCCCCUCCUGGACAGAGCCUACGCGUCUCAGGUGUGUCGAGGCUGGAACCAGGCUUUUCACAUGCCAGAGCUGUGGCGGUGCUUUGAGUUCGAGUUAAACCAGCCAGCCAGCUCGUACCUGAAGGCCACACACCCAGACCUCAUCAAACAGAUAAUCAAAAGGCACUCCAAGCACCUGCAGUAUGUCAGCUUCAAGGUACGAAUGGAAAGUGAAAAGGAGAGGAAGCAAUGUGGGGUGGACAGCAGCAGAGAGUCGGCGGAGGCAGCGUGCAACAUCCUCUCUCAGCUCGUGAACUGUUCCUUGAAAACACUGGGGCUCAUCUCCACAGCCAGGCCCAGUUUCAUGGAGCUGCCCAAGUCUCACUUCAUCUCAGCGCUAACGGUGGUUUUUGUCAACUCCAAAUCCCUGUCGUCCCUGAAGAUUGACGACACACCCGUGGAUGACCCCUCCCUCAAAGUGCUGGUGGCCAACAACAGUGACACACUCCGAUUGCUGAAAAUGAGCAGCUGCCCUCACGUUUCCCCUGCAGGCAUCCUGUGUGUGGCUGAUCAAUGCCACGGCUUGAGAGAACUGGCUCUCAACUACCAUUUGUUGAGUGACGAACUCCUCAUCGCCCUGUCCUCGGAGAGACACGUUCACCUCGAGCACCUUCGCAUCGACGUGGUUAGUGAGAAUCCUGGCCAGCAGUUCCACACCAUCAAGAAGAGCAGCUGGGACGCCAUGGUGCGUCACUCUCCUAAAUUCAAUCUGGUCAUGUACUUCUUUCUCUAUGAGGACGAGUUCGGCCCUUUCUUCCGCGAUGAAAUCCCCGUCACACAUUUGUACUUCGGCCGCUCUGUCAGCAAAGACGUGCUGGGCAGAGUCGGGCUCAACUGCCCGCGGCUGGUCGAGCUCGUGGUGUGCGCCAACGGUCUGCGGCCGCUGGAUGAGGAGCUGAUCCGCAUCGCCCAGCGCUGCACGCAGCUGUCAGCCAUCGGCUUGGGAGAGUGUGAAGUGUCCUGCAGCGCCUUUGUGGAGUUUGUCAAGAUGUGCGGAGACAGACUGACGCAGCUAUCCAUCAUGGAGGACGUUCUGGUCCCAGAUCACCGCUAUGGGUUGGAUGAUAUCCACUGGGAGGUGUCAAAGCAUCUGGGUCGUGUCUGGUUCCCAGACAUGAUGCCGACCUGGUAGAGCUCUGGAAGAAGUUUAGGUUUGAAUGAGUUUAUGAGUGAGUGUAUGUGUGUGUUUGUGAUGCGUGUCCUCGUCUUUCUACAACUUCAGACACCAUCCAUACUGCUUUUCCUGUACAACUACAUGAAGAAAUAACUCUCAUAUCUAUCUUAGGUUUGAUGUGAUCAAACAUAUGUUCAUUGAUUUCAACAAUACCAUUUUGUUCCAUGUAUAAAAUGUUUAUAUUUAUAUGUAUAUUUAUGUCUCAAUUUAUUUGUCUUGUCACUCAUUUAGCAUCUUGUUUUCUGAGCCAUUUUUCAAGGGCUCUGAAACCCUGCAGAUUGGUUAUGUUUGGAGUCUCGGGGUAUUUAAGGGUGACACUUUACAUGGAAAUUAACCGGAACGUCUGGGAAUGAAGGGGAAGUUAUUAAAUCUAUAAUGACAAAUGAGGAGUGGGCAUAAAUAUAAAUCCCUUUUACUGAAAUCAGAAACUUUAUAUUAGUUAGUUAAAUUUUGGUUCAAUAACUUAACAUACAUAAUCAAAAAAAGUCAUCAUUGUCACAGAAUUGCAAAUGUUUUUUAUCUCAGGCAUUUUGGAGGUUUUGAAAACAGUCUGGUGGUGGAAGGAUGUGCAGUCGGUAGAUGUGGACGAUCACCAUUAUAAGCUAAUAUUUUUUGUUAGUUAAAAUAACUUUCAUAGAAGGUUUCUGAAUUUACUUGUUUAAUUUCUGACACUUUAAAACCCAAGUACUGACACAUUGUGACUGUAAACGAAUGAGAAACAUUUCAUUGUAAAGGUAGUUAUGUGUGAAGCUUGUUAUAGAGGUGGUUGAUCACGGUCAGGAAGCAAUAGCACAUAUAGGUUCCAUGUUGAUUCCAUUUGUUCUUUUGUUUUUUUUAUGUGUCCAUCAUAGUUUAUUGUCCUGUCUUUGACUGUGUUUCUGAGUCACUGCAUCUUAUUAAGAGCAACAGAACUGUCUCUUCCUCCGUCCUUUGAUUUCAUGUCGACUGGACUUUAGACAGUUCCAUCUCCUUUUUUCUAUGGACACUGUUAAGGUGAUGCUCUUAGGUGACUUUGUUUGUGUGUGUGUGUGUGUGUCUGUGUGCGAGUGUGUAUAUACACGUUUAUAUGUAUGUAACGUGUGUGUGUGUGUCUAUGAGAGGUGUUAUUUUUGUAGCUACAGUAUAUUUCAAUAUUUCUGCAUUACCUGACACAUGUUCCUAUUUUAAUUGUAAAUAUCAGUGUCAAAGUGCGAAUCAAAUGGGAGGGAGAAUUUUUAAUGGCCAACUUUAUAUAAAUAUAUCUAUUUGUACAUUUACCAAAUCUUACUAAUGCACUUUUACUCUGAUGAACAGCACAAGAUGAGCUACAAUGUCAUUAGGGCCUGAAAAGUUUUUCAGCAAAAUGGUGUUAAAUUCUGUCAGUAAAUCUGCCAAUGUGUCACCUUUGGUAUUUGAUUAACUUUUUUCAGAGUCGAAAUUAAAUUAUGAGAUGAUGCACUAAAAUGAAAAACUGAUGUGAAAGGGAUAAACCAAACCUGCUUGACAGCACAAUCAUUCACCUUGCUAACAGGCUAUAGUCCAACUAAGAAAUAUAUAUUCUGACUUAGCUUUUGUAAUUUUACAGGAUUUGAUUCAUCAUUAUUGUGUUUGUAAGCAAAGCGAAGACGGUUGACAAAAAAUACAAAAACUCUUUCACUGUAUGUGAAUUUAGUUUAAAUGUAUUAUGAUAGAAGGAUUGAUGAUUUAAAUGCCAGCACAGGGCUGCACAAUUACAACCAAUUAUGACCAGGGUUGGAGCAGAUGACUUUAAAAUGGAGACAGUUACUGAAUACAAAAUUCAUGACAUGUUUUUUGCAAGUGGUAACAUAAUUCGUUGAAUUUCAAUCUAAUCUGAGCAGUUUUGGAUUAUUUUUACUUGCUCUUUCUAAUCUGGUAAUGUAAACCUGAUUACAUGUACAUCUCCCAACUGUGAAUAUGAUUAAUACUAAUGCAAUCAUGUUUUAGCAAGUCUCUCAAACAGUUUGCUGGCCUGAAAUAAGGGCAGAUUUAACUUUAAUCAAUGGUGGUACUUCAAGUUUUGUCAGUGUCAUCAUGAAAUUCCAUUUCGUAUUUGGAUGUGGCAGCCAUUCUAAUGCAAAUGGUAAAAUGUGAAGAUAGUGACUUAAGCUGGGUAAUUGUGCAGCCCUGAGGACAGGAUGGUGUGGCAGCUGAAUGUUGUUGUAAAUUAAUGUUUUGCAGAAAUGUGUAAGAGUCUAAUAUUUAUAUCUCACUAUUGUUUUGUAGCAAUCGGCUGAAAAAAUAGUAGCUGGAACGUGUCUUAAGGUGGACUUAUCAAGAAUGUUGCUUGUGGAGAAGUUCAUUUUUUCACAGGGUUGAUAUGUUUAGUGUUUGAAAAUGUUAAUUAAAAAAAAGCUAUUCACACAA